UAUAUAUAGAUGUGUAAGGAAUUGUCGAAUUGCAUCUUUCCCUCGUUAGAACUGAAGUUGCUUUCGAUUGUUCUAAACCCUUUUUCAUUGUCUGCUGAUACACUGACAAAAGCUGAAAACCAGACUGUUUUGUUUUAUGUUCUUCUGACAAAACCUGAACGGGCAACAAUGAAGUUCGGGAAGGAAUUUGUGUCUCAGAUGGUGCCGGAGUGGCAAGAGGCGUAUAUGAAUUAUGAUUAUCUGAAAACCCUUUUGAAAGAUAUCCAUGUUUUCAAGCAAAGAACCAGGCCACCAGCUAGCCCAAGGGGCCUAAAACGGACCCUGACUCUGUACAGGGCUUUCAGCGGCCUAACCCUAAGACACAACCACCCACCCAUCAGUCCAUCCACACCGGAUAUUGAGGAUCAACCCAUCCUGGUGACUUCUGUCAACCGGGAUGGUUCCCAGAGUUAUGAAACGACUUUUCUUAUGCAGGCAGACGAUGGGGCAGAAUACGAGUUUCUGUUCUUUAGGAGGCUUGAUGAUGAGUUCAAUAAGGUGGAUAAGUUUUACAAGUCCAAGGUGGAAGAGGUGACGCAGGAGGCUGAGAUCCUGAAUAAGCAAAUGGAUGCUUUGAUUGCUUUCAGGAUUAAAGUGGAGAAUCCACAAGGAUGGUCAUGGCAGGACAGGUCAGGCGACAUGACCCGUCUUGCCUCAGAUGUUGCAGCGUCUACGGCUGCAUUGGCAGCUUCUAUUCCAGCUGGGGCUAGAGCCAGCAGAAGAGUUGAUCGCAUGGAAAUUAUUGAAGAGGGGCCAAGCAUGCAUGAGGAAUCAGAUGAGGAUAAAGAAGAGAAAGAGAGCAAACAUGGAAAGGAAAAUGUUCAAGUUCAAAAGCCAGUUGUUAAUAACUAUAAGGGCCGUAAACCAGCUCCAUUACAGAUACUAGACCGAGUAAAAAUAAAUAAGACUCUUGAGACCCCUCGAUCAACCAUCAAAGGCUUUCUGAACGUCCCUCAGAAGACUGAGCUGAAGUUUAACAGGGAAAAUCUGAAGAAAGUUGAGAACCAACUAAAGCGAGCUUUUGUUGAAUUCUACCAAAAACUUCGCCUUCUCAAGAGUUAUAGCUUCUUAAAUACAUUGGCUUUCUCCAAAAUCAUGAAGAAAUAUGACAAGAUCACAUCAAGGACCGCUGCAAGAUCUUACAUGAAAAUGGUGGAUAAUUCUUAUCUAGGUAGCUCUGAAGAGGUUACCAAACUCAUGGGGAGAGUUGAAGCUACAUUCAUCAAGCAUUUCGCAAACUCAAACCGCAGCAAAGGAAUGAAUAUCUUGAGACCAAAAGCUAGGAAACAAAGACAUAGAAUAACAUUUUCUACAGGUUUCUUUGCCGGUUGUACACUUGCUCUUAUAUUAGCACUUAUUUUGAUUAUUCGUGCCCGCAAUAUCAUGGGAAAGGAGGGAAGGAUCCAGUACAUGGAAACCAUGUUCCCUCUUUACAGCUUAUUUGGAUUCAUUGUUCUACACAUGGUUAUGUAUGCUGCCAACAUAUACUUCUGGAGGCGGUAUCGAAUCAAUUACGCCUUCAUAUUUGGUUUCAAGCAAGGAACAGAACUAGGCUACAGGGAGGUGCUCCUUGUAAGUUUUGCUCUUGCAGUAUUGGCACUAGCCAGUGUGCUCUCAAAUCUUGAUAUGGAGAUGGAUCCCAAAACAAAGGAUUAUGAAACAUUUACCGAAAUUAUCCCUUUGAUCUUGGUUGGGGUUCUGUUUAUCAUAUUGUUCUUGCCAUUCAACAUCUUGUAUCGAUCAAGUCGUUUCUUCUUCCUCACAUGUUUGUUCCACUGUAUCUGUGCCCCUCUGUACAAGGUCACCCUCCCAGAUUUCUUCCUGGCAGAUCAGUUAACUAGCCAGGUGCAAGCAUUAAGAAGCCUUGAGUUCUACGUUUGCUACUAUGGAUGGGGAGAUUUUAGACACAGACAGAACAGCUGCAAAAGCAACGAUGUAUUCAACACUUUUAGCUUCAUUAUUGCUGUGAUCCCAUAUUGGUCUCGCCUCCUUCAGUGCCUGCGUCGGUUGUUUGAAGAGAAAGACCCCCUGCAAGGAUACAAUGGGCUGAAAUAUUUCCUGACAAUUGUAGCUGUUUGUCUUCGGACUGCUUACAGUCUUAACAAGGGGUUAGGUUGGAAAGUAUUGGCUCUCACUUUCUCAAUUGCUGCUGCAAUUGUUGGUACUUACUGGGACCUUGUCUAUGACUGGGGACUUCUUCACCGGCAUUCUAAGAACAGAUGGUUGAGAGACAAACUCCUUAUCCCUCAAAAAAGUGUAUACUUUGGGGCCAUGGUCCUCAAUGUUCUGCUGAGAUUUGCAUGGUUGCAAACUGUGUUCAAUUUCAAGUUGUUCACUCUGCAUAGACAAACCUUGAUCACAAUAGUUGCCAGUCUUGAGAUCAUCCGGCGUGGCAUGUGGAAUUUCUUCAGGUUAGAAAAUGAACAUUUGAAUAACGUGGGCAAGUACCGUGCAUUCAAGUCAGUGCCAUUACCUUUCAACUAUGAUGAAGAUGAAGAUAAAGAUGAAUAGGACCUUCAAUUUCAACUAAGUACUACAUGUAAAGGGCUAUAGGCCUAUAGCAGAGACCUU